AUGGAUUACGAUCAGGUACCAGUGACGCCACUGAAACAAACUAUAGGCCAAAAGACUGAUGCCAAUGUCAGGAAGAGCGGGGAGAAUGAGCUUCCGAUAUUGUCGAAUUCAAAGGAGCAACACAACCUUACACCUUCUAAUAUAACGAACGUUUUGGAUGAAAUUAGCAGCUCAGACAAUGUUACACCGAUUUCCCAUUUGAAAGUAUACCCUCACAGCCUUUCUGCUAAAAAGAGAAAUGCCGCUACGUGUGAUUCAAAUAAUUCAAAUCUAUCUUUAGAUUUUGGAAGAAAUAAUGAAGAAAGAGGCACUGCUUCGAAUACACUGGAACAGUUAGAUAUUAAUCAAAUGUUCAAUAGUAACGUACAGCUAAAUCAUUCGCCGCUGAAAAUCGAUUUAAGCUCGCCAAAUAAAGAUAGUAAUGACAACAACAGUAAUACCCAUAUUGAUAAAAAGAUAAAGUUGAGUGAUGUUCCAGAUUUGAAACAAGAAGAUGUCAAUAUAUUUGAUGAUGAAAGGAGUUCACCUGUUCCAAUCAGUAUGAUCGAAGGUGUAUCGCCUUUGAAAAAUGAUAAUCUUGACGAAUUAUUCAGUCAUAAGUUGACUCCAGUAAAACCUUCUGCGGAUAAUGGGGAGGAUGAAAAUUAUGAUUUCAAUAAAGUAAUAGAAUUAGUUAAUAAGAGAAAUAAUGAAUUAAACAAGGAAGUUUAUGAUAAAAAUUCCAAAAUAAAUGAAAUUUCACUAAAUUUUGAUCGGUUGAACAACGAAUACGUUAAUCAAAAGAAAGAAAUUGACAACUUAAUGACUGAAAAAAACGAAAUAGUUACAAAAUUGAAUGAAAUGCAAGUAGUGAAUAAUGAACUAGUCAGUAAAAAUGAAAAACUAAAAGUGAAAGUGACCGAAUUUAAAAAUGAAAUUAACACAUUGAAUGCAAACCAAUCAUUACUGAAAUCUAAAUACGACAAUUUAAUAAGUGAAAAUGAUGCUUUGAAGAAAAAUAAAGAAUUGCUUAACAAUUUAUCUAUCGAAAAUGAAAAACUUAUCAAUCAAGGGAAAAACUGGGAAACAAGGUUUUCCGAAUUGGAAAAUGAAAAGGAUUCCGCAGAUGAGAAAUUCGCUCAAAUAAAGGAACAAUUCAGUGAACUCACCUCUAGAAAUGAAUCAUUGGAAAAUCAAAUAACUGAAUUGAAUGAGUUACUAAGUGUAGCUAAAGAAGAAAAUAAGAAUAGUGACUUGUUAAAUGAAGUCAACAGCUUACAAGAAGAACGAAAAGAAUUACAGAAAAAAUUAGAGAAAAUUGAACUCGAUAAAGAAAAUGAAGUUUCAAUUCUAGAAUCUAAAAUAUCAGCAUUAAACGAAACUAUUUCAUCAUUACAAAGUUGUCAAAAGGAAAUAGAAAAUUUAAAUAGUACAAAAACCAACUUAGAAAAUGAUUUAACCGCCUUAAAGAGCAAAUUUGAAGAAGUUAAUGAUAACUCCAGCAUUCGGACGGCAGAGGUUACAGAGCUAAAUUCCCAAAUUGAAUCCCUGAGAGAAUCCAAUGACCAAUUACAGGAACUAAAUAGCAAGUUAGAUGAAGAAAUCGAAAUUUUGAAAUCUGAAAGUUUGAAGCAAGAUGAAGAGUAUAAAAAGGUAUCAAUAGAGUUAGAAAGUAUUCAACUCAAGAAUAAAAAUGUUGAAGUUGAGAGAAAUGAUGAGUUAGAAUCCUUACAUAAAACGGUCGAUUCGCUAGAGAAAUCUUUAAAGGGCGGUUACGAUGAAAUAACUCAAUUGAAAAAAGUAAAUGAACAAUUGAAAUCACAAUUAGAAAGCUUUGAACAAAAUACCCAUGAAGAUCAUUCGGCGGUUGAGACUUUAAAGAAAGAUUUUGAGUUGAAAGAUAAAGACAGUCAAGAACAAAUUAAGGCACUUGAAAGUCAGAUAACAAGCUGGAGACAAAAGAUGGAACACAACGAACGAGAUAUAACUCAAAGGUUGAAGAACCUAGCAGAUGACCUUUACGUUAAAUACUCUUCAAAACAUGAACAGAAGGUCAAACUACUGAAAAAAAGUUAUGAAUCAAAGUAUCAGUCUGAAAUUGAAAGGCUGUCGUUAGAAAAUAAGGGCUUCAACCAAGAAAUUGAGCAAUUGAAUAAGCAAAUUGAAAACGAAAGAAGGGAAAAACAAGAACUAUUAAAAAUAUUAGAAACUAAAGAGUAG